CACACCAAAAAAAAUCUUGACAUUUCUUUAAGAAACAAGUCCGACUUCGGAAACGCGGAAUUCUUCGCUGUCGCACUGGGAACUUUUCAAAAUAAAGGUACCCCACUUCGUACGAGUUACUGUUCCCAAGUCUCUUCGCGUGAAUUUUCUUUCUUUCUUUCUUUCCGUCCCCACAAUAACGCAUUUGAUCCAAACACAGCAAUCCUAAGGCCAACCAUAAAUUAAAAGCAAUAAACCUUCGAGAAUCAAGCCACUUAAAAGAGAUUGUUAUAAACAUGAACCAUCAACUUAGACAAGAUCCUUCAAUAACAAGUUCGUUGCGUAGUGGCUCAAUGGAAAAGCACUCRCAGUAUCAAGAACAAAACCAAUCGUUUGCUCUUGGAAAUUCAGCUUCAGAUGCGCGCAAGCCCUGGACAUCAAUUCUACAACUGAACAAUCGAGGACCAUUUUCAAGAGAAGGUCUAGAAUUCGACAAGAUGCUCCUCAAGGCCGUCUUCUGGUGGCGAGAUUCGCACGAGCAGCAGCAGAGGCAGCGCCAACAACAACAACUACGCGAACACGAUGUGGACAACGACGAACUGUACGAUGAUGACGAUGGCGAGAUUGUGGACAUGUUUCUCGAUAAUGUCUUUUAUCUCAUUGGCAUGCCGGAACAAGUCGCUCCCGCGGCGGCGGCUUGAUCUUCCAUAACAGACACACGCAACUUUUUUUCUGUAUAGAGUUGAUAGGAACUACUGUUGCAAAUAGUAUGCUACAUCGUUAACUGUUGAUUUUGAACACUAUUUACACUUGUAUUCACUUUAAUCGGGUUGUUGUAGGAAAUAUGGCGAUUAACAACUGAUACGAUGUUCUGAUGCCAGGCGGAAGGGGUAUUAAAUUAAAAUGAUUUCAAAGUACCKGUAUGUUCUCAGUACUUCAGUCAUCCAUCAGAUAAUGCAAUCUGGGUUGAAAACGCUUCGAAAAGUAAUUAUCGUUUACUUCUACAAUUUACAAUUUACAAUAGCGCCCAUUAGACAAAGAUCGAAUCCGCAGUGAUUAAAUGAAAAAUUGUGUUCUAGCGGUACCUUACUAUUAGUCCCAUCCUSUAUGAAAUUUCGAAUCGUCCGAGAUGUUAUUAUUGAAACCCUCAUGUUUUCCUGUGAACGGGUUCGAAAGUAUAUGUAGCACUUGUACGAUUAKUUUUUAAUACAYRACAGUAGUGGAAGUAAUACUACUCAAUCCUGAACUCAACAUCUUUUUGAAAUCAAACCAAUGAAAGUUCCGAAUCGAAAGGGGAGGAACGUCUCCUGUUUCANAGUAUCAAGAACAAAACCAAUCGUUUGCUCUUGGAAAUUCAGCUUCAGAUGCGCGCAAGCCCUGGACAUCAAUUCUACAACUGAACAAUCGAGGAUGUGUGAACAUCACCCUGGGAAACUAUUCCGAGGCCAGCCGCAUCUUCGAAGCAGCCCUUUCUCGUCAAAAGGCCAGUGCGGAUUCGUUUUCUGCGGUCGUUCGCUAUGGUUGCAAUCACACCGGGUUGGGGCACCCCGAUGGAGCCUACAUUAAUUCUGCGGCCGAUGCUACACCAGUGGACAAUAGUAGUAGCAGGGCUCACGAGAGACCAAAUGUUGAAGACACAGAGGAAGAGUUUGAUUACGAUGACUGCUCCAUUGAUUCUACUAGCUGCUUCGACGAUGACGAAGACAACUAUGACGAUUACAUGGAAGAAAACGACGAGCUAUACAAACCCCAACCAUCACUGGUAUCCCUUGAUGCAACUUAUUCGACAGGUAGCUACACAACGGAACUGGAAGCAUUCACUUCUUCUCAAUCAUCAGGACAAAUUCAGCACCUCCAAAGAAUACGUAGAAUGACCGCCUCCUCUCAAUUGCAAACAUUUUCUUUUACCGGAAAGGAUCGUUACCUUGAGGAACAGCUUCAGCAGAAAAAUCGCGAUCCGUCACACUCUGCCAUACAACGAAAAAGCAUGCACGAGAUCUAUUGCCUGCCAAUUGUGAUGGACGAACACGAGUGGCUUUCGGCCUCUGCCGAAGACCAAACCUUUGUGUUGAUUUUCAACACCGCAGUUUGCAAUCAUUUGUGGGGCAUGGCCCUUCAACAGCAACUGAAGGAACAUUCCCAAAAUCAACGAAUUCAUCUUUCCCAGCAAACCGAGAGGGUAUUUUUGGUUGCCUUUAAACUGUACCGUCUGGCGUUGAACAACGCAAGUACGCAGCAGCACGCAUCACCAGCCAGUCCCGACGCUAGUGCAAACGGAAAUAACAACAGCAUCGAUUACCGGCUUAGUGUUCUGGCCCUUUUGAAUAACCUAUCCCAUGUUUCCAAGACACUCCUAGGACCAUUUUCAAGAGAAGGUCUAGAAUUCGACAAGAUGCUCCUCAAGGCCGUCUUCUGGUGGCGAGAUUCGCACGAGCAGCAGCAGAGGCAG